AUGGUGACCGUCGCAAGCCCCAGCACCUUGAGGACUGCACCAACGCAGACCCCCUGCUGCCCGAACUGCGGCUUCGGCGCCGACCUGCCGCCCUUCGAAGACACCCAAACCGCCCUACUCGAUGCCCAGAAGCAUAUUUCCGACUUGCAAGCCCAAGUCCGCCUUCUCAACCAAAAGGCCUCGGCCGCCGUCGACCGCUGGGCCGACUACGAAGACGAAAUCGCCAAACUCCGCGCCCAACUCGACACCCCCCCGCCCGCAGACCCCCUCCCCGUCAGCAGCAACAGCGGCACAACAGCAACAGACACAAAAACAAACCUCCCUCCCGACACCGCCCAGCUCAGCAGCCGGCCUGCCGUCCCCCUCCCCAUCGCGCGCCUCCUUCCUCACCACCAGCGCAGCAACCCGCAUCUCGGCCCUGCUCUCCCGCAAAUCCCCACCAGCAGCAGAGGAACAACAACAACAACAACAACAACACGCCCCGCCCCAAGCCCAAUCCCCUCCCUCCCCUCCUCCGCCUCCUACCCACCCAACACCAACAACACCAACCCCCACCCGCACCCCAGCAACCCCAACCAUCCCACCUCAACCUCAACGCACCUCACCCCCUCGGACCUCCUAUCCGCCCUCUCCCGCGAACAAGCCCUGCGCGCCGAGGCCGAAGGCCGCCUGAGCGAGACGAGCCGCGAGGUCGAGGAGCUGAGCGCCAGCCUGUUCGAGCAGGCGAACGAGAUGGUGGCGUCGGAGCGGCGGGCGCGGGCGCGGCUGGAGCAGCGGGUCGGGGAGCUGGAGCGGCGCGAGGGCGACAAGCGGCGGCGGCUGGAGCGGCUGGAGCGGGCGGUGGGGCGGAUCGAGAGGGUGAGGGGCGUGUUGGGGGAGUUGCAGGGUGGGUUGGAGGGGGCGGUUGUGAUGAAUGGUGGUGGUGGUGCAAGGGGGAGUGGUGGUGGGGGUGGGAGUCGGAAUGGGAGUUUGGCGGGGCGUGGGAGUGGGGAGAUGAAUGGGGGGAGGAAAGGGAAUGGGAAUGGGGAAAGGUGA